AUGCCGUACGCCAGGGGGGGAGUACCGCCGCCGCCUUUUCCACCAGUUGGACUAUACGCGCUGUCUUUUUCCCGCCACCAUUCCGUCGCUUCCCCCGCCGCGCCGCUCUCGCCGCCGGCAGCGCCCGCGUCAUCUGCCGGCCGUUCCACUACCACCGACACGGACGGCUGCGGGUCAGAGGCGGGGGUUGGCGGAAAAAAGGAGGAGAUCGCCGAAGAGAAGCGCGCGGAGCACGAUGGCGGGGAGCGUGCAGCGGAAGGCGGAGAUGACGAGCGCGGAAGCGGAGUGGGCGGAGGGUUUGGAGGAAGGGGAGAGCUGGUGGAAUGUGUCGCGCGGGGAGGUGGCGUUUCCCUCGGGUAA